GGCUGGGAAUAAGGCAGAGGCUCCAGGAGCGAGGCUACCAGGCUGGCUGGCUGCCUCCCGCCGAUGCUCGGGGAGCGGGGCAGCCGGUGCUUCCAUGGCCCUUCCCAGCGGGAUGCUCCUCGCCUGCUCCCUCUGCCUCCUGCCUGGGUUCAGUGACACCUUCAACAUUGACACCAAGAGUCCCAAAAUCAUAGCUGGCUCCAAGGAAGCCUAUUUUGGCUACACCGUGCAGCAGCACGACAUUGGGGGGAAGAAAUGGCUGGUGGUGGGAGCUCCCUACGAAACCAAUGGCCAGCAGAAGACAGGAGAUGUCUACAAGUGCCCGGUGACCAGUGACACCCACAGCAACUGCACCAAACUCAACCUAGGGCGGGUGACACUCUCCAAUGUCUCUGAGAGGAAGGACAACAUGCGCCUUGGCCUCAGCCUGGCCACCAACCCCAAGGACAACAGCUUUCUGGCCUGCAGCCCUCUCUGGUCCCACGAGUGCGGGAGCUCCUACUACACCACGGGCAUGUGCUCCCGGGUCAACUCCAACUUCAGGUUCUCCAAGACGGUGGCUCCAGCUCUGCAGAGAUGCCAGACGUACAUGGACAUCAUCAUUGUUCUGGAUGGAUCAAACAGCAUCUAUCCCUGGGUUGAAGUUCAGCACUUCCUGAUAAACAUCUUGAAAAAAUUUUACAUUGGCCCUGGCCAGAUCCAAGUUGGAGUUGUUCAGUACGGAGAAGAUGUGGUCCACGAGUUUCAUUUAAAUGACUACAGGUCUGUAAAAGAUGUGGUAGCAGCUGCCAGUCACAUAGAGCAACGAGGAGGGACGGAAACCAGGACUGCCUAUGGGAUAGAGUUUGCUCGCUCGGAAGCGUUUCAGAAAGGUGGCCGGAAAGGGGCAAAGAGAGUAAUGAUUGUAAUCACAGAUGGAGAGUCGCACGACAGCCCAGACCUGGAGAAGGUGAUUGAGGACAGCGAGAAGGACAACGUCACCAGAUACGCGGUGGCGGUCUUGGGUUAUUACAACAGAAGAGGAAUCAAUCCCGAGGCCUUUUUGAACGAAAUCAAAUUCAUCGCGAGCGACCCGGAUGACAAGCACUUCUUCAACGUCACCGAUGAGGCAGCACUCAAAGACAUCGUGGAUGCCCUGGGGGAAAGGAUCUUUAGUUUGGAAGGAACCAACAAGAACGAAAUCUCCUUUGGCCUGGAAAUGUCCCAGACUGGUUUUUCAUCACAUGUUGUGGAAGAUGGGAUCUUGCUGGGGGCAGUGGGUGCUUACGACUGGAAUGGAGCUGUCCUGAAGGAAACCAGCAGUGGGAAGGUCAUUCCCCUGAGGGAAUCCUAUCUCCAGGAGUUCCCGGAGGAGCUGAAGAAUCACGGAGCAUAUUUGGGUUACACUGUCUCCUCUGUCAUAUCCACCAAGCACGAGCGGAUUUAUGUCGCUGGAGCUCCCAGGUUCAACCACACUGGGAAAGUCAUCAUCUUCAGCAUGCACAACAGCCGAAACCUCACCAUCCACCAGGCCCUGAAGGGCGAGCAGAUCGGCUCCUACUACGGCAGCGAGAUCAGCUCCCUGGACAUCAACGGUGACGGCGUCACCGACGUUUUGCUGGUGGGAGCCCCCAUGUACUUCAGUGAGGGCAGGGAGAGGGGGAAGGUCUACGUCUACACCCUGCAGGAGAACCGCUUCGUUUCCAGUGGGGCCCUCGUGGAUCUCCAGAGCUACCAGAAUUCCCGCUUCGGCUCCUGCAUCGCCGCCGUCCCCGACCUCAACCAGGACUCCUACAACGACCUGGUGGUCGGGGCCCCGUUGGAGGACGAGCACCAAGGAGCCAUAUACAUCUUCCUUGGCUUUGAGGAGACCAUCCUGAAGAAGUACAAGCAGCGGAUAGCAGCUGCUGACCUCGCCCCAGGCCUGAUGUAUUUUGGGUGCAGCAUCCAUGGGCAGCUGGACCUGAAUGAAGAUGGGCUGGUGGACUUGGCCGUGGGCUCUCUGGGGAACGCUGUGCUGUUGUGGUCCCGCAGCGUGGUCCAGAUCAACACAACCAUCCACUUUGAGCCCUCCAAGAUCAACAUCUUCACCAAGGACUGCAAGCGGAAUGGGAAGGAGGCCACCUGCAUGACGGCCUUUGUCUGCUUCACUGCUGUCUUCCUCUCAGCUCACUUCCAGACAGCCAGUGUGGCGCUGCGGUACACGGCCACCACGGACGAGCGCAGGUACACGCCGCGCGCCCACCUGGACCAGAGCGGAGAGCGGCAGGUGCAGAAGGGGCUGGUGCUGCCAGCUGGGCAGGAGCUCUGCCACACCCUCCCCUUCCACGUCCUGGACACAGCUGACUACGUGAAGCCUGUGACAUUCUCCAUCGACUACGAGCUGGAGCACCCCGAGAGCGGCCCCCUGCUGGACGCCGGCUGGCCCACCUCGCUCAGGGUCUCGGUCCCUUUCUGGAAUGGGUGCAAUGAGGAUGAGCACUGCAUCCCUGAUCUGGUCCUGGAGGCAAGAAGUGAUGUGCCCAGUGCCACGGAGUUCUGCCGGCGGGCGCUGCGCGGGGCCCCGCCGCGCUGCUCGGCCUUCAGCCUCGCCUUCGACACCCCCGUCUUCGUCAUCGAGAGCGGCAGGAGGAGGGUGGCGGUGGAGGCGGCGCUGGAGAACCGAGGGGAGAACGCCUACAGCACGGUCCUCAACAUCUCCUUCUCCAGAAACCUCCAGUUCGCCAGCUUGAUCUCCAAGGAUGACACGGACAUCAACAUUGACUGCAUGACUGAAGACAAGCACCCCAACAAGAAGGUCUGCAAUGUCAGCUACCCCUUCUUCCGAGCCAAGGCCAAGGUAGCUUUUCGCCUGGAUUUUGAAUUCAGCAAGUCCAUUUUCCUUCAAAACAUGGAGAUCUACCUGAGUGCCAGCAGUGACAGUGAGGAGAAGGAGAGCACCAAGGAGGACAACGUUGCCCACCUCAAUUUCCACCUGAAGUAUGAAGCCGACCUGCUCUUCACCAGGGCAUCGAGCCUGGACUACUAUGAAAUCAGGUCCAACAGCUCCCUGGAGAGAUACGACAGCAUCGGCCCCCCCUUCCACGGCACCUUCAAGCUGCAGAACCUGGGCUUCUUCCCCGUGGAGGGGGUGACCAUCAAGCUCACCAUCCCUGUGGCCACCCGGGCGGGCAACCGCCUCCUGCUCCUGUCUGAAUUCCUGGUGGAUCAGGAGAACACGACCUGCAACAUCUGGGGCAACACCACAGACUACAGGAGGACACCCACUGAGGAGGACCUGACCCGCAGCCCCCACCUGAACCACAGCAACUCCGACAUCAUUUCCAUCGACUGUGAUGUGAAAUUAGCCUCCAAUGAGGAGAUGAACUUGCACUUGCGUGGCAACCUGUGGAUGAAGUCUCUGAAAGCACUGAAGUUCAAGGCACUGAAGCUCACCACCACCGCCGUGCUCCAGCGACGCUUCGGGAGCCCCUUCAUCUUCCGCCAGGAGGAUCCCAGCCGCCAGAUAACCUUUGAAAUCUCCAAGCCUGAGGAGUGGCAGAUUCCCAUCUGGAUCAUUGUGGGGAGCACCUUAGGAGGGCUGCUGCUCCUGGCCCUGCUCGUCCUCGUGCUCUGGAAGCUCGGGUUCUUCAAGCGCGGGAUCCGCCGGCGGGCGGAGCAGCGGGAGCGGAGCACCCAGGGGCUGCAGUGAUGCUGCCGGGACCCCCGCACCCCUCCAGGCCCUCCCCGGGGACAGAGCCAAGGACCACCUGGAUGCUGAGGGAUUUUUGGAUGCUGAGCUCCUGUUCGCACCAAGACUUCAGCCCUUUGCAUGAAAUCGUCUCAACGGGACCGAAAGAAACGUGAAAUCCCCCUACAUGGAGCAACAAAG